AUGGCCGGAAUGAUGCCCAGCACUCAGUCGAGCAACCCUUACGACAAUGACGCCAUCGAGCGCGACCACAUGAUUGAUCCCGAUGACGCUACUCUCGACGACCUCGACGACCCCCUUCAGUCGACUUCCGACCGCGCUCCGCUCACGGGCAACAUCAAUUCUCAAUCGUCUGGCAAUCGCGACACCCAAAACUACCUGACCUCUACUAUCCCCGGCGAGGACCGUCGUGCGCCGACGAACACAAUCGAUGAAACUGUCUGGGAGACCCUGUCGAGAGACCUGCUGGCAAUAUGGGAGAAGAUGCGUCAGGUUCUGUGGCCUAAAUACCUGCUGGGCGGCAUGCUCCAGCGCGGGGGCGGCAUGGGCGCUGAAGAGCGCGGCGAGGCCGGCCAGGCUGGAGGCUUGAGGAACCUUGUGGGACGCUGGCCCGACGCAGAUGCGGUCCUGCACGGAAGCAUGAGCGAGGGGCUGCGCAACUGGGAUCUCUGGGGCCCGUUGAUUUUCUGCCUUCUCUUGAGCUUCUUCCUCUCACGGCCCGCCCGCGAUGAGCAGAAGUCGCUCGUGUUCUCGGGUGUUUUCGCCAUGGUCUGGAUUGGCGAGGCCAUGGUCACGCUGCAAAUCAAGCUCUUGGGUGGCAGCAUCUCAUUCCUUCAGUCCGUUUGCAUCAUUGGCUACACCCUCUUCCCGCUCGUCAUUGCGUCCAUACUCAGUGCCUUUGGCGUCCACACGAUAAUCCGCAUACCCGUCUACAUCGCCCUGGUUGCCUGGUCACUUGCUGCAGGUAUCAGUAUUCUCGGUGGAUCUGGCGUGGUCCGGAACCGUGUAGGCAUUGCGGUGUACCCACUGUUCGUUUUCUACGUGAGCUUGGGCUGCCUGUGCUUCAUUAGCUAG